AUGCAAUCGAUCACGCUUCCUCCACGGGAUCCUCCUCAACAGAGUCGCCAUGACUACUCAAAGUUGCCUCAGCAUGUUGGAGAUACCAUUCUACCCAAUUUUUCCAUAUUCAAUCGUCUCCUUUUCUUUGCUGGAAAUCGCGAUCAUCUCGUGGUCAACGAUGUCACGAAUGGCCUGAAAGCAACGCAUCGACAGCUCCUCUCUGAUGUACUGCACCUCCGCAAUGCACUCCAGGACCGUCUGGAUCCGGAUACUAGACUCCGUCUUUUGCAAGGCGACGAGGUUGCUAUAAACCUACUUGCAUCGGGAGGCUAUGAAUUCGCAACUGCGUUCCUCGCAUUGCUUGCCUUGGGCGCGGUAAUCGUGCCGAUUUCCGUCAAUGUACCUCUCGAGGAAGCAAUGUACUUCGCCAAAACCUCUCGAUCGGUCGGUAUCGUCUGCUCGACGAAGUGCGCAAAGCUGGGGAACGACCUUGCCAGUGCUAUGAAUGCAUCAAGCAUGCCCGGGUUUAUCUCUAUGGAGAUUCGUCCGCAUAUCUGUAAGCCGCAGAUUCCUGUCGCUCAGAUAGCUAUCUCGUCAGACCACUUCCUUGACUACCUCGGAGCGGGACUGGUGAUCUUCACCUCGGGGACGAGUGGUCCGCCGAAGGGUGCUAUCAAACGCCGCUCAUUCCUUGACAUGAAUGCCUCGGCAAUCGCACAAUGGUACCAUCUCCAGGAAACAGACGUAGUUCUGCACACUUUGCCCGUGCACCACGCCACAGGAAUCGGAAUUAGUUUCAUGCCUUUUCUCCUCGCCGGCGCGGGGAUCGAAUUCCAGUCUUCGGGGUUUAACCCAGCCCACAUCUGGGAGCGCUGGCGACAGGGCGGCCUCACCAUCUUCUCUGGUGUUCCAACCAUGUACAUGCGCAUGAUGAGAUACUUCGACGAGAACAUCUCCAAACGGUCUCCCACAGAAAUCCAGUCUUAUGCGGAUGCGGCCAGGUCCUUCCGGAUAAUGAUGUCCGGUAGUGCGGCGCUACCUUUUUCGCUACAGACUAAAUGGAUCAAGUUGUUGGACGGCAAGCGGAUUUUGGAGCGGUAUGGAGCCACGGAGUUUAGCAGUGUGUUCAGUGUCAAGCCUGGUGAUUCGAAGAAUCCAGAUGUAACGGACCCUUCUUUUUCAUUUGCUUUCCUAGCUGAUUAUGGUCGACAGGGCUCCGUAGGAAAGGCCUUCUUUGGUCUACAGGUGAAGUUGUCUGGUGGAAACGAGGGAGAAGUACUGGUGAAGAGCCCGCACAUGUUCAGAGAGUACUUGUACAAUCCCGCCGCUACCGCCGCUGCCUUCACCCCAGAUGGCUUCUACAAGACUGGAGAUAUAGCCCGCCGUGAGGGAGACUACUACUUCAUUCUUGGACGAGCCUCAAUCGACAUUAUCAAAUCAGGUGGCUACAAAAUCUCCGCUCUGGACAUUGAGCGCGAGAUCCUCGACCUCCCCUAUAUCGGCGAGGUCAUGGUAGUCGGAGUCGAAGAUGAAGAGUAUGGACAGAAAGUUGCCGCUGCAAUUACCCUGAGAGAUGGCGUCUCAUCUGUGUCUUUGGAAAAGCUGCGGACGGAUCUUCGCUCGCGCCUGGCUGGGUACAAAAUGCCCACGAUCUUGCGUGUGGUGGAUGAAUUCCCCAAGAGUGCAUCUGGAAAGGUUGUGAAGAGGAUUUUGGGCAAGAAGUUUUUCUCGCAGCUCGACGAUCCGAGUAUCCAGAUCUGGCGAUCUCGACAGUCUAAGAUUUAG